GCGCCUAUAAGAGUCGGCGGCGCGCGUGCGGCUGGCUCGGGGCUCGCGCGAUGUUGCUCCGGCUCGGCUCGGUGUUCGUGUCCGCUCUCCUCCUCCUCUCGGCGGGGCUCUGCUCCGGGCAGACCUACGUCCUGAGUGAUGGAGCGGCUCUGGGCAGGAUCUUUGACGGGAUUGGAGGUCUGAGCGGCGGAGGGGCCACCUCGCGGUUACUGGUGAACUACGAGGAGCCGCACCGGAGCCAGAUCUUGGACUACCUGUUCAAGCCGAACUUCGGCGCCUCUCUGCACAUCCUGAAGGUGGAGAUUGGAGGAGAUGCUCAGACUACAGAUGGAACGGAACCGUCCCACAUGCACUACGAGAACGACGAGAACUUCUUCCGAGGGUACGAGUGGUGGCUGAUGAAGGAGGCCAAGAAAAGGAACCCGAACAUUACGCUCAUCGGUUUACCGUGGGCUUUUCCUGCGUGGGUGGGCCGAGGCGAGAACUGGCCCUACGACUUACCUGACGUCACCGCAGCGUACGUAGUGAACUGGGUCCUGGGAGCCAAGAAGUACCACGACCUGGACAUCCAGUAUGUCGGGAUCUGGAACGAGAGGACGUUUGAUGCCACUUACAUAAAGCUGCUGCGCUACACUCUGGAUAAGAGUGGUCUGGAUCAGGUCAGGAUUGUAGCCAGCGACAACCUGUGGGAGCCCAUUGCCCAGUCGCUGCUGCUUGACCCCGAGCUCAGCAGCGCUGUAGACGUGAUAGGGGCUCACUAUCCAGGCACCAAGACGGUGUCGCAGGCCCUGAAGACCCAGAAGAAGCUGUGGUCCUCCGAGGACUACAGCACGUACAACGAUGAGGUGGGAGGAGGCUGUUGGGCCCGAAUCCUCAACCAGAACUACGUCAACGGAAACAUGACUUCAACUAUCUCCUGGAACCUGGUGGCCAGUUACUACGAGGACCUGCCGUUCGGCAGAGAUGGGCUGAUGACGGCUCAGGAGCCUUGGAGCGGAAACUACGUGGUGGAGUCUCCGAUCUGGAUCACAGCUCACAGCACCCAGUUUGCGCAGCCCGGUUGGACGUACCUGAAGACUGUAGGACAUCUGGUUCAGGGAGGGAGUUACGUCGCCCUGACCGAUGGAAACGGAAAUCUCACAGUCGUCAUAGAAACCAUGACUCACAAUCAUUCAGUCUGCAUCAGACCUCCUCUGCCCAAGUUUAACGUGACGGCCCAGAAUGCAACAUUCCAGCUAAAGGGGUCCUUUACCUCCAUCGAAGAGCUCCAGGUGUGGCGUUCACGAUUCAACUUUAAAACCAAACAGCCGUCGUUCUUUGAGAAACUGGCGCCUGUGAAGCUCGUCAACGGGUCGUUCACUCUGAUCCUGGCUCAAGACGAGGUGUACACGUUCACCACCAUCAAGACGGGACGGAAAGGCAGCUACCCCGCUCCUCCCCCGUCCGCUCGCUUCCCCAAAGCCUACAAGGACAACUUUGACAUUUUAAACCCUCCAUUUUCCGAGGCUCCGAACUUCGCCGACCAGACCGGCGUGUUUGAGUACUACAAGAACCUGACGGACCCCGGCCCUCAUGUCUUCACGUUACGGCAGGUUGUGAUGGAGAGGCCGAUCACCUGGGCGGCCGACGCUGACCAGACCAUCAGCAUCAUCGGAGACUACCAGUGGGAGAACGUGACGGCCAUGUGUGACGUCUUCAUGGAAACUGUGAAGACCGGUGGCGUGUUCAUAGCAGUGAGGGUGGAUAAAGGAGGCGAGGUGGUGCGCCGCGCUCAAGGAGUCUUCUUCUGGGUGUUUGCAAACGGCACCUACAAAGUUACCACCGAUCUGGCUGGACAGACGGUGCUGGCUGAGGGCCAUUCUGGUACCGGAGCGUACAAUUGGUACACCUUAUCAGUGACCGUAAAGGGUCAGAGUGUCUCCGGGACGCUGAACGGACGUUCGCUGUGGAAGGGCGCUGUGAAUUUGAACCAGAACAACGGCUGGGUUGCAAUUGGAACCAACUCAUUCGAACUCGCUCAGUUUGAUAACUUUGCUGUGGUGGCUGAGUAAACUAUGAAAUAAUGUUUUAACACUACAGGCUACUAAAAGGCAGCGAGCUAAAGGGAUUUUAAUGAAGGAAAAUGCACUGUAAACUUGGUCUUUACUGUUUGAUUGAAUGUUUUGCUUUUUAUUGAUUUUAAUGAAUGUGUGAGAUUGAAUGUGAACGCCUGUAUGAAAUGAACUUGUAUUAUUAAUGUAAGAGAAGCUCCACAUGAAGCUUCUUUAUUCAGCUUCUUUAAACUUGAACCCUUUGUAUGAACUGCUACACUGAAUUGCGGUACAAAUGAGAGAGAAUGCCAUGCAUUUGGAUCAAUUUUUUUUUUUUUUUUUUAUAAUAUCACCGUUUGUGUUGGAAGACUAAAAAAAACAGAUUCCUAAUUGUUUUUAUUUUUAUGCAACCUUUUGA